AUGGCAUCGUUUUUGCGGACAAGUGUUUUAGCACGAUAUUUGAAGAGACCAUUCUUACAAAAUAAACGUAAUUCAGGAUAUGUUGUAUUAAUUCCAGAAAUAGGUGAAGAUUCCGACAAGAAUGUUCUACUAACUGAUAAUGGUUUGCCAGAGUUUAAUGAUGUUACCAUUGAAAAAUGCAUUGCAGCAAUUAGCAAGCUCAGCUUAGAAUAUGAAACUGGAGUAAAACAAAUAGAAGAUUCCUGUGCUGACUGCAAAAAUGCUUUUGUUGAAAUAUUUCAACCGCUAGAAAAGAUAGAUAACCAUUUAGAAUUAACAUGGGGUGUCGCAAAAACAUUAUAUUUAGGGAAUAGUUCACUAAUGCCGACAGCUUCAUACAUUCAAAUUCACCAAAGAGCACACAGAGCAAGGUCAUGUAAAUUUAAUAGUAUCCUUAUAUAUAAUGCUGCUAUAAAUGAAAAGAAUCGCCUAAAAAAAUUAACAGAUGAAGAACAAAGACUUUUAGAUAAAUACAUUCUUGAAGGUAAACUCAAUGGACUUGACAUUAAAGGAUUGAAACGUGAACAAUUAGAUAACAUUCUAAACUUAUUACAAAAAGAAAGGCAAUUGCUGAGAGAUAAAGUGAAUAUGGCUACAAACAUGUUUAGUAGUUUUAUCAAUGACGAGCAGUUAGCUAAAGAACUUCCAGAGAGUUUAGCAAAAGCAAUGUCUGUGAAUAAUAAUGCCACUAAAGGGCCUUGGAAGAUUACCCUCCAGCCACAUAUAUAUGAACCAUUUAUGCAAUAUUGCCCAGAGCAAACAUUGAGAUGGAAUACAUGGCAAGCUCAUGUACAACGCUGCUCUGGAUAUAGUAAUAAAGAUCUUGAAACCAGUACACAUGUGGAACAAAUAAGAAAAUUUAGGACGCAACAAGCCAAUAUAUUGGGUUUUGAGACUUAUGCUGACAUGAGCAUGGAAACUAAAAUGGCUGGUUCUGUAGAGAGUAUUUAUAACUGCCUCGACACAUUGCGUAAUAGUGCGAGACCAGUGCAGGAUAUUGAACUAGAAUCAUUACAAAGCUUUGCAAACGAAAGAGGGUUUGAUAGGAAGUUGGAGCGGUGGGAUAUUCCAUACUGGCAAAGGAAACAAAAAUGGUCACUUUUCAAUUUUGAUGAUGAUAAAAUUCGCGAAUUCUUUCCCCUGCCAAGGGUUAUCACUAGUCUAUUUAACUUAUGCAGCACACUCUUUAAGAUACAAAUUGUUGAAAGAUCCAAUGUACAUACAUGGCACAAAGACGUUAAGUUUUAUGAUAUUUAUGAUGAGUCAAGUAACACACCAAUUGCUGGCUUUUACCUAGAUCCAUAUGCUCGACAAAAUGAAAAAAUCCGUAUUUAUGACGAUGCUGGUUGGCAUGUGUCCAUUCGCAACAAAUGUUCACUUACUUCAACGCAUCCUUUAUCAGCAUUAAUAUUUAACUUCCAAGCCCCGACUGAAGGACAGCAGUCACUAUUAUCCUUUAAAGAGGUCAGUGUCUUAUUUCAAAGGUUUGGACAUGCCUUACGCCAUUUGCUAACAAAGGCCAACUAUUCUGAAGUCGCAGGUUUGUCAAAUGUUGAAUGGGAUGCAGCUGAUGUCUGUGGUCAAGUGAUGACACACUGGCUUUAUGAUCCCAACACCAUACGCGCAAUCAGCGGUCACCAUAACACAGAGGAGCCACUCCCUGAUGAAAUUAUUGAAAAUUUGCAAAAAGUCAGAAGUCACAUGUCAGGGUAUAACUUGUGCCAGGAACUCUAUUACUCCCGAUUAGAUUUAGAGCUAUAUUCAAAGAAGACGUUUUGGCGUGACUUAGUAAAAGAAUUAUGGCCCAAAUAUCAGGCGCUGCCUUUUGACAAAUAUGACUCGCAUGUUCUCUCUUUUACUAAAAUUUUUUCGGAAGAGUGGGGAGCUGCCUACUACUGCCACUUAUGGUCAAAAAUGAUCGCUGCCGAUAUCUAUAGUGCAUUUGAAGAAGCAAAAGCUGCCGACCAAGAUAUCCUCACAAUCAGCAAAAGAUAUAAAGAAUGUUUUCUAGCCGUUGGAGGUAGUUGUCAUCCCAGUGAAGUAUUCAGGCGUUUCCGCGGAAGGGAUCCAUCGCCCCAAGCUUUAUUAAAUAAUCUUGGUUUAUCAAAUGAGCCAAUAGUAUUGGAAGAGUAA